AUGAACUCGUCCCAACAGGCGGCUCUCGCAAUCCUUGCGUCGUACUUCAUCGUCAUCCUCACCCUAUUUUCCUUGAUAUUUGCGACUAUACCAUGGAGGAAUAACGGGAACACCUGGAGGAGAUGCAUAUUUAUGCUUUUGACGACUGCAUCGCUUGCUCACACAUGGUACUAUAUGUUCGCGUUCAUGAAAUGGAGCUUUGAUGACUACGAAUCCAGCCAUCUUGCCUCAACAUCAUCUCAGUACUUGGAGCGAAUUGCAAACUGGCUCGUGGACACUGCACUCUUUGAGCAAGCUUGGGCUAGAGUGUGUGCCGGUCCGCUCAACUGGUGGUGGAGCGAGCAGAUAUGCAUUUACACCGCUGGAGCGUGGACCGUAUUUCUUGUCGUCGAAGGUACACGCCAUGAUAUCAAACACGUAUGGGCGUACAUGUUUCUGGGCCAGGUGGUCGCUAUAUCUGUUGCAUCCAAUGUGUUCUAUCUCGCCCUCCUAUACGCGAAGUCUUCCGAUGGUCCAGUUACUGCAGGCCAACGCGCAGCUUCUUCCCACUCCCGUGCCACUUCCCGGUCCCAGGGCUCAGGGAUCCUCGUACUCUGCACCUCUCUAUCUCUUGUCACGGUCGCUCUCACCCCGUACCUCUCUCAAUACUGGUUCCUCCCAAACCUCCUCCUCAUGCACGUGCUCCUCUUCAUACCCCUCCUUGCUCCUGGACCGACCUCGGAGAAAAGAGAGACGGGUUUGAGCAUACGCACCCUCUACAGCCUGGUCACAGUGCUCGCCAUUUUCCUCCGUGGUCGCACUGUCUACGAUGCCCUGUACUCAGCCGCAGCCGUUAGUAAGCAGGCGGACCUGCUACCCGCCCUCUGGAAGACGCUGCAUGAACAUCCUGCGCAGGCGAGCAUCGGCUGGGACGUCGUCUGGACCACGAUUUCGUUCAUAUUCUGGGUCAUGUCAGACCCACGCUUCAAGGAUACAGGACUCCUCGCGAUGUUGGCAUCGCCCAUCAUGGUUGGCCCCGUUGGUUUCCUUGCGCCAGCGACGCUCAGGUGCCUGGAGGAGAGUUCAUAG